GCGCAAAGAGCACACAGGCAAAGAGCGUGUAGUCAAUAUAGUAUUCUUUGCAUUCUGACCAGUGGCGAAAGUGUGGGGUGAUUGAGGUUAUUUGGUAAUUAAUGUGUAUGUAAUUUAUUAAAAUGACGAAGACGGAUAACUUAUCAACAGAAGAACGAAAAGGGAGAAAACGAGUAUCCAAGAAAAAUAAGAUUGCCUGGCGUAAACAUUGUAGUACUAAAGAUGUUGACUUGUAUUUGGAGGAAGUGCGACAUGAAGAACGUGUUGGAGUAAAUUUUACAACUGUAGAAGAUGACAAACUAUUUUACGUUGAUACGUCAUUGAACUCUGAGGAAGGAGUUAAAAGUAAAGCUGAAAGAAAACUAGAAGCUAAGAAAAAACUCAAAGGAGUUCCCAAGUGUUUUGAAGCCUUAGUGCCUCAUACAUCUGUUCCAGAUCCAGUUAUAAAAAGGAAUAGAGUUCGUACACCUGAGGAAAGGAAGCACCCUAUCAAAAAGAAAAUUGAAGCAUAUCGUAAGGCCAAUGGUAUUUUAACAGCAAAGGAAAGAAUUGCUGCUAAUAACAGAAGAAUACAUAAAAUUAAGAAAGAAAAUACCCCAAAAUCUUGUGAAUUUACUAAAGAUUUGUGGGCAGAAGCCCCACCCAAGUAUCCAGAGGUGGAUUUCCAGUGGCUCCAUCCUACAACUCGUGGACAUGUAUUGAAACAUACAAGGCAAAUUGAAAAGAAGGUUCCUGAAUCUGUAAUUAACAAGACAUCAGUAGUGCCUGCCAUUGAAGCACCACAUCCAGGUGUCUCUUACAAUCCUUCAUAUUUAGACCAUCAUUCUUUAUUAACGGGCAUUGUAGAAAAGGAGAACAAACUAAUUAAAGAAGAGAAACAUAUUGAUCGUGUCACUACCAAACUCUUCUCAGCUGUUACGGAAAGGCAGACUCAUAGUUCAUGGAUAAAGGAGAUGUCACAAGGUCUUCCCCAGACCAAGGAGGGUCCAGUAAAAGAGGAAGAUGAUGGAAAAGAAUAUCAAGCAGUUAACCUACCUACAAAAGACAAGAAAAAACCUCGCAAAACACGAAAAAAUAUAAGGCUAGCAAAAGAAGAAUUGAAUCAAAGAAAACUAAAGGCAAUUGAGAAGAAGAAAGUGGCAGAUAUUUAUAAGCUCAAGAAAAUUGUGGAGAACGUUGAGAAAGAUGAAUUAAAAUCAUUAGAGAAACAAGCACAAAUUCAGAAAAAGAAUGAAUUAAAGAAGUUUGAACCUAAACGUUUAGCAAAAUUAAAAUUUGAAGAAUAUGAAGAAGAAUUCAGCAUGCCCUUCGAUUUAAGUGGAAGUUUGGUGGGAGUCCGUAACCUGGGAAAGAAAAAAGCUUUUACAAAAAGGUCUCAUAAAGAAGAACAGAAAUGAAGUUUUAUUUUUAUUUUGCUAUUUUGUUAUAGCUGAUAAUGAAUUAAAAGAAAAAUUAAUUAAAUAACAACAAUGUGUUUUUUUUCUGUGCAUAUAAUGACUUCACUUGCCAACAUACAAUUUUUUUCUAUCGUUUCUAUUAAAGGAUGAAAUAGAGCGUUCAUGUUAAAGUAUAUUUCUGUUACUAUGUAGUAGAAUAAGGGGAUACCUCCUCCCCAUAAGACAAUGCAAGUGUCCAGAACUUUAUUAAAUUUCUAAUAAUUAUGUAAAUGUUUAUUUUGAAUUGGGAAAUCAGUUCGGUAAUCAUAUUUGACAAAAAUUACUUUAAUAAAAAAAAUUAAAUAAGAAUUCAAUAUGUUUUUGCUUAGUUUUCAAAAAACUUAAAUUUGUUUUCCCCUCUCUCACUCACUCUCUCUCACGAACACUCUCUCACUCACUCUGUAGCUUCACCAUGCAAAUGUUUUGUUGAACUCUUCUUUUGCUAGUUGUGGUGAUAGUAGAGCAAUGAGCUAGAAUAUAUUAGUAUAUUCUAGCUCGUUGGAGUAGACGGAAUUCUUUUCUGUUCGCAAUACUAAAAAAUCAAAUGUGACUAGAUUACAAAUGCAAAUAAUUUUCAUCAUCAUUAAAUCAUGAGCAAAAAUGUCUAGUUUUUAAAUGUUGCUAAUUUCACUUUGUUGUUUACUUUUAUUCAUUAUUUAUGAUUAAAGAAUGGUGAAGAGAUUCUGGGGCUCAAGGAAAAAAAUAUUUCUCGCCCUAACAGCUUUUACUGUAUUUACAGAAAAUAAAUCAAAUCAAAUAGUGCUACCCAUUCUGUAUUUUUGAUUUAUCUGUAUACA